GUUGAAAAGGAGGCCGCCGGCAGAGGCAGGUGCAAAGCCUUGGUUCGUUUGAAGAAUUAAUUCAUUAACCAGAUAAACUAGGUUGGCAGGCUCCCCCUGGCUGUCGCGUGAGGGAAAGGCCCGGAGGUGGGGGUGUGUAGGGGACCUUACAAGGUGACUUCCAGCAGUCCAGGCAAAUGGUGACUGACUGGCACAAUGCAUAAAAUAAUCUGAGAGAAGGGGGGGAAUCGGCCGCGACAAAGGAUGGCAGCGACCGAGGCCGUGCACCACAUCCACUUACAGAACUUCUCUCGCUCACUCCUGGAGACCCUCAACGGGCAGAGGCUAGGCGGUCACUUCUGCGACGUGACUGUGCGCAUCCGUGAGGCUUCCCUGCGUGCGCACCGCUGCGUGCUGGCGGCGGGCUCGCCCUUCUUCCAGGAUAAGCUGCUGCUUGGCCAUUCAGAGAUUCGUGUGCCGCCAGUGGUGCCUGCGCAGACGGUGCGCCAGCUGGUGGAGUUCCUGUACAGCGGCUCGCUGGUGGUGGCUCAGGGCGAAGCGCUGCAGGUGCUCACGGCAGCGUCGGUGCUUCGCAUCCAAACCGUCAUUGAUGAGUGCACGCAAAUCAUCGCGCGUGCCCGUGUCCCCAGCACCCCGGCGCCUGCACCUCUGCCACCACCCGUGCCCCCUCCACUCGCCCCCGCGCAGCUGCGCCACCGUCUGCGCCACUUGCUGGCUGCCCGCCCCCCUGGUCACCCCAGUGCAGCACAUAGCCGCAAGCAGCGCCAGCCUGCACGUCUGCAGCUGCCUGCACCCCCAGCACCCAUCAAGGCCGAGGGGCCAGAUGUGGAGCCAGUGCUGACUGCCGCUCCCGAAGAGAGAGGUGAAGAAGAUGAUGACGAGGAGACGGAUGAAGAGACCGACGCUGAAGAAGGUGAAGGUGGCGGCGGCAUGGGUGAAGGCCAGGCGCCCCCUGCCUUCCCUGACUGCGCUGGAGGCUUCCUUACCGCCACAGCUGACAGCGCACGUGAGGACCCGCCUGCAUCCACCGGCAUCAGCGAUUAUGGUGGUGCUGGGAGAGAUUUCCUUCGGGGCACUGCGGUGACCGAGGAUGUGUUCCAAGAUAGUUAUGUGUCAGCUUGGCAUGAGGAAGGCAACGGGGGUCCAGAAGGUUGUCCAGUGGAAACCUCUGCUCCACCGGACUGCGCCCUGGCUGGGCCUCGCCCCGCUGGUGUAAAGACCCCCGGGCCCCCUGUGGCUCUCUUCCCCUUUCACCUGGGUGCCCCGGGUCCGCCAGCACCAACGCCUCCCACUCCAUCAGGGCCAGCUCCUGCGCCCCCGCCUCCCUUCUACCCCUCACUCCAGCCGGAUGCAGCCCCCAGCGCUCAGCUCGGGGAAACUCCUGCUGCCCCUGCUGCCCCUGCUGCCCCGGCCACAGCCAUCUCAGGCACUCCUGUGCGCGCCCCCGGUGCCUCAGGUGCUGAGCAACCAGCUUAUGAGUGUAGCCACUGCCGCAAGACUUUCAGUUCUCGGAAAAACUACACCAAGCACAUGUUCAUCCACUCCGGGGAGAAGCCACAUCAGUGCGCAGUGUGUUGGCGAUCGUUCUCGCUACGCGACUACCUGCUCAAGCAUAUGGUCACACAUACUGGUGUGCGAGCGUUCCAGUGUGCUGUGUGUGCCAAGCGCUUCACGCAGAAGAGCUCACUCAAUGUGCACAUGCGCACACACCGGCCUGAGCGUGCUCCCUGCCCUGCCUGUGGCAAGGUUUUCUCACAUCGUGCAUUGUUGGAGCGCCACCUGGCAGCUCACCCUGCACCUUGAUCGGGAUCCCGCUGUGCACUGUGCGCAGGUGCAGUCAGAGUCUUGGACUGGGUUCACUCCACCAGAAGGCUCAUGCUCCGGAAUAUGGACACUUUCCCUGACCCCACUCUCACGCCACCAUUUUCCCUGUGGACUUGGGACCCAGAACCCAAUUUCCUCCUAUACAUGCUUAGCAUCUCUGGAAGGGACAUGACCGGGUAGAGGAUGGUCAUGGACCCUGCCACCUCAGAGAACUAGACCAUUUCCUGGUUGAGUUGGAACUGUGGGAACCUGAUGCAGGAUUUUCGCCCCACCCCCUGUCGGGGUAUGAUGUCUAGGGCUGUCCUCUGCCCCAGCGCUGGGCUAGAAUUCUCUGACCUCAUCCCCAGCCUGGAGCCACCCUUCUCUCAUUGAGCACCUAUGGAGGCUCAGCUAGACCUACCAUGGGACUUUAGGAUUCUGUUCUAAUAAAGGACGUUGGGCCAGUGCA